AUGACACAACUGGACGGGAAAACAAAGCGGAAGCUUCUGCGUGAUAUUGAAGCUCACCCCGAGUAUAGUUGCGAGGAAGUAGUAAAACUUGACACAAAGUAUCAAGGAGACUUGUUGCAGGCGGUUCGCAACCGCUUCCACUAUCUAAAGCGCCUCAAGAAGGAGAACCCAAAGAAGUAUUGGAAGCUGUUUGGUGAAGCCAACGAGAUCGGCAAGAACGAAUUGGAUUUGGAUCCCGAGGACGACAGCCCAUCGAAGCUUGUUGCGACUUGGGGAAGCAAACCAAACACUCGGUCAUCAUCCUCGAACAAAGCAACAACCAAGACUCCACCACCAGAGCAAGAGCCCAUCAUUGAAGAGGAAGAAACGCAGUCACCAGCGCCACAACCACUGCCAGAAGAAGUUCCGUCGUCGUCUUGGUCUUUUUCCACUCCCAUCAAACGCAAGAAAACUGUAAACAAAAUGGCUCCCAAGAAAGGAACACCUUCGAAGCUGUUUCACAGCCCUCACAGCGGCUUCAAACAAGCUGCUGCUGUCCAACGUGAAAACAUUUUCAAAAAUAAAUCUGAGGCAAUGGAUGCGGUCGACGAGACCAUUGAUGUCGAUUUGCAUUAUCCGGAAGAAAACGGGAGCGAGUUUCUUGUUCAUCGGGUUGAUGAAUGCCUUUCCAUCACCGACCAAACUGGCACUGUUGUAGCUGACAAAAUUCGAAUCACUCUGAAGUGCCUUGUUGAUCUCCGAGACUACGACAACUACACGGGCAACAUUGUUUUGAAUGGCAAAGGUUUUCUUGUUACUGGUCCAAAGGUUCCGCAUUUCUUGCUCCACAAUCAUGAAGGACUGAGUGACUUAGAGCAGACUCCAUGCGAACGCACCAAAAACAAGUUGGCUACCUUCGCCAAUGCUGUGCUUGGGGACCCAACUCGGCUUGUCCAAACUGUUUUGUUUCUUAUGCCAGAAGAAGUGAUCAUUUCAACUGAUUUUGUCAAUGCUGUUCCUCCUAUCCCAACACAUGAUCAAAAGGCGAAGCUUCGCCUCCGCGAAUAUCCAUUGGAGACGGAGGUCGGGUUGGCUAAGGCCAAGAUGAAUCAAAUGUUUUAUCCUGGGUGGUGGGAGGUACGGGUCGUUCCUGCUACGGCUCCGCAGCAUCUCAGAGUCAAUGAUGAAGCCAAUGAUGGCAUCGAGACCGCUUUCCAAGGAUCGUGCAUGAUUGCAUCAACCACACGAGCAAAAGCAACCUUUAGCGCCUCCCGUGCUCUGUUUUCUGUUAGUGCUCCAGCUCCAGCUCCGGCCAUUCCCAAACCGGUUACUCAGCUUCCAUCUCCAAUGCCGACACCAAUCAAGGCUCCUCUUCCAGCGCCACAAGGGAAACUCAUCAUCGCUCCUACGAAACCAAAACCGUCCAAGAAUGCUCUAGUUCUGGUGUCUCCGAACCCGGUAUUAUCUUCCUCCGGCUUGGUUGUUUCUCAACCAAAUGGUCCUCCUGCCGCUGCUCCUGCAUCCAACUUGGUUGUUUCUCAACCGAAUGGUCCUCCUGCAGCCGCUCCUGCAGCCAACUUGGCUGUUUCUCAACCGAAUGGUCCUCCUACAGGCAAUUUUCUGGCAGACUUUCCACCUGAUGCUCAGUUCAACGUAUUUUCUGUCGCCAUGGGUAAGCAGCAGGAAGUCCGAAAAACUGCAUUCAAAGCAACAACAAACACAACCGAACGACGUCAGAGCCGUUUUGCUGGUCGGUCUGAACGUUCCGACAAGAAGAAAGAGUUGCUGCUUCAGCGGAAGCGACUUGCGAAGAGACAAAUGAUGCAGCGGGUGUCCGAACACAAUGAAGACUCGCAACUUGCUGCCAUGGCCGCUCAGAAUGGCGACGACAACGAAGCAAACGAUGCAGCUCUUCGCCAGCAAGCCCUUCAGCAAGAAAAAACAGAAACUGAUGACUUCAUUAACGACCUCGAACGAAUCGAAUCCGAAAUGCAGGCUGCUCUGGAUGAAGGAGAUAACCUCACAGCAGACGACUACUAA